AUGAGGAUCACACAGAAAAUAGCGGAAUACAACGACAAGACACAUCCGUUUUAUACCUUUGAAUUCUUUCCCCCAAAAACAGAUCAGGGAUUCGAGAAUUUACUCCCUCGAAUAUCGCGUCUGGCUUCUUUGGAGCCUCUUGCCAUCAAUGUCACCUGGGGCGCUGGAGGGAGUACAAAAGAGCGAAGUCUUGAGCUGGCUGCAAUCACACAGACCCAGCAUGGCAUCGACACAAUCCUGCAUCUUACCUGCACGAACAUGGAGCAGGGAAUGGUUGACGACGCUCUCACGAACGCGAAAGCGCGCGGAAUUCACAAUAUUUUAGCGCUACGGGGAGAUCCGCCGCGGGGAGAAGAAUACUGGAUUCCAACAGAUCCGCGAUUCACUUAUGGAGUCGAUCUCGUCUCAUAUAUUAGAUCCUCUCCUGAGUUUUCUUCCGAAUUUUGCGUAGGCGUGGCAGCAUAUCCGGAUGGGCACCCAGAUAGAGAGACCGAUGACGAUGGAGAACUGGAGCACCUCAAAGCCAAAGUCGAUGCCGGCGCGGACUUCAUCAUCACUCAGCUCUUCUAUGACGUCGACGGCUUUCUCCAGUGGAUGAAAAAAGUCAGGAGUAAAGGCAUUCAAAUACCCAUCAUCCCAGGGAUCAUGCCCAUACAGACAUAUGCGUCUUUUCUUCGCAUGACCAAGCUCUGCGGUACCCGUGUCCCACCACAUCUUAUGUCUGAUCUUGUACUUCUGCGCCAUGACGAUCAAAAAAUCAAGGACUAUGGCGUUGAUCUCGCCGUCAAAAUGAUCAAGAGACUCACCGCAGAAAGUGACAUCCGCGGAAUACAUCUUUGUACUCUCAAUCUUGAAAAGAGUGUUACUCGUGUCCUCGGAAGCCUGGCAUGGAUUGGUGGUAGCUCAAAACCUAUGAACCAACUCAUUGCGGACGUGCCCUCUGGCCCAGAGUCGCAGUUUGUUAUCACGCCACAUAACGCCACAGACUCGGCCACCAAUUCUUUGGUGGUCUCUGGGCCAAUCGCAGAAGGCGAAGUGGGAAAAGGAGAGCUCAACAAUGCUGCAACUUGGGACGACUUUCCAAAUGGCCGAUUUGGAGACUUCAAGAGUCCGGCAUACGGCGAGACUGAUUUAUGGGGUAGUUCAAUUAUGUCGCGACAUCAAACACUUGAGCAAUGGGGCCAUCCCACAACAACUUCCGACCUGACCAAUAUGUUCCUGCGACAUUUACAUUCUAAAAUUGCUACUACGCCCUUCUCCCCCACACCACUAUCGCUAGAGUCUCUUAUUAUUAUCCAGCAUCUAGAACGUUUAACGCGGAAAGGCUGGUGGACGGUGGGUUCGCAACCUGCCAUCAAUGGCGCGAGCUCAAGCGACGAAAUUGUCGGCUGGGGCCCGCGUGGCGGAUACGUGUACCAAAAGCCUUUUGUGGAGUUCUUUGCCGAUGCGGCAGAUCUUAAGAAGAUUGAGAAGAAAGUGGAAGAGGAGGGUUAUGGAUGGGUUGAUUAUUUUGCUGGAAACGUCCAGGGUGAGUGCAGAACGAAUGUCCCAGAGGGUGGCAGAAACGCUGUCACGUGGGGAGUGUUUCCUGGACAAGAAGUUACUCAGUCAACUAUUAUCGAGAGGGAAUCCUUCUUGUCUUGGAAGGAUGAGGCUUUCUCGAUAUGGGCCGAAUGGGCAUCAUUCUACCCUCCAAACUCUCAAGAGCGGAUUUUGCUUGAGCGGAUCCGGAAUGAGCGGUGGCUGAUUAGCAUUGUGCACCAUGAUUACAUGAAGCCAUCUGCUUUGUGGACUUUCCUUGUCGAUGGCGAGACUCUGGUAUAG